AUGUUCGGGCACCACGAGCCUGAAGCGUCACAUUCGCAUGCGCAGCAAGUGACCCCGCCACCUCCGCCACAGCCGCAGUCACCCGUAGACAACACACCGUCACCUGAGGCGGGACAGGAACCCUCAGAGGGUGAUACGGUUGCAAUCGUUGAGGAUAAGAGGAGACGAAACACGGCCGCAUCAGCACGAUUCAGGAUCAAGAAAAAACAGUGGACGCUGAACUUAGAGCGGACAAUUUCCGACCUUUCCGGUCGUGUGCAGGAGCUAGAGGGCGAGGCAUCUGAGCUGAGGCGAGAGAAUGGGUGGUUAAAGGAGAUUGUCAUGCUGAAGAGUAAACGGCUGCAGGGCGUUGUGCCCGAUCUUGGAGAUACAUCCGGUGGAUCGACUCUACAGAACGAGGAGAGCGGUCAACAAAGUCCACCCUCGGGUGGAGGAUCUGGGGAAGGCAAGGGCAAAGAGAAACAAUCGACAUGA